AUGAAAAUCAAAGCUGAAUAUCAAGUGGCAAGCUACCAAGACCGCACCCUUUACGAAUGUUACAUAAUAAACAAUCCAAAUAAUGAGUUAAAAAAUAUUAAAAUACAAGGACAACAUGUUGCUGGAAAAAACAGACUUGAUGUUGCAGCUGUAAAAUUCGACGGCUGUCAAUUAACCAAAAUUCCAAAAAACUUGACAAAAAUAUUUCCAAAUUUAAAGUUUUUGAUCAUUUGGAACUCAAUAUUGCAAAAAUUAACGAAACAAGAUUUAGCUGAGUAUAAGGAACUGGAAGUUAUUGAUAUUAGAUACAGCUUACUCUCAAGUCUAUCAGGUGAUAUCUUCGAAGGAUUUAAAGACAUCAAAAUAAUCUAUUUUGUUGGCGAAGAAUUGCAAUCCAUCGAACCGAACAUUUUUGAUGGAUUGUUGAGUUUAGAAAUGGCAUGGCUUGCAUUUAUUGGCAAUCUAGAGAUUUAUAAGAAAGGAUCUCAAAGCUACAAGGAAUUCCGACAAGAUCUUUCAGUCAGAUUCUACUCAAGUGGAGCUGGACAUGUCGAAAGUUAUGUCAAAAAGCUUGAGCAAAAAGUCAAAAAAUUCAAGAAAAUUAAGGAAGAUUUGAGUGGAAAAGUUUACAGAUUGGAAGCAAUUCAGGAAGAUCUAAUAAAUAAAAAUGAUGAAUUGAAAGAAGAAAAGGCUGAAAUGUCAAGCACCAGUGACUUUUUUAUCUCAUUUUAUAAAGACGAAUUGAGAAGUCUUCAUCGUAAAAUCAAUAAAUUUGAGGAAGGAAUGUUAAGUGACCUUAAAGAACUCAUCCAAGACGAAGCAACAAAAGACUUCAAGAUUAUCAUUGGUUCCCAUGAAUUCCCAGUCCACAAGAUCUUGCUCGCUAUACGAAGUCCAGUUUUGGCUGAAAUACUAAAAUCCAAUCCAGCAAUUAAAAGCUUAUAG